GUACAAAAAGACGACUCCUAUUCUCUGAAGUUAACACAAUACACUCAUCAAGUUCUGAUAUUGCCAUAUCAUCUAAUGUGGUUAAUGCAGCUAAACCUAUUCUAAAAAAAGAAAUUAAAAAAAAACCGUAAAAUAUUAUUUAUUUUGUAAAAAUGUUUUUUUUUUUUAAAUUUUAUGUUAUUUUAGCAAACGCUUAAUUUGGAAUCGACAAAAUCAUAAUAAGCUUUUGAAAUUGCUCAAUUCGUAUUAUGCGCCGAUAAAGAUGAUUGAAUCUCCAUAUUCACCAUUAAACUAUAAUACUAACAAAGUUGAGUUACCAGAAAUUGACCCAAGUUUUGAAUACUUUCUUGAUAUAGUUGUAAAAGAAAUCGAAUUGAAUCAACAACAUGGCAUAUUGGAGAGAACAACUGAUCUAAAUAAAAUGAAUGCAUUAGUAGAAGAAAUUAACGCUGAAAAUCAAAAAUAUAAGCUAAAACAGCUCAAGGAAAAAAUGACAUUGUUAGAAGAUUUUGAGAAAGUAACAGAUUUCGAAUACUUAGAAAGUUUGUCUAAUGAAGAAUACUUAAUGAAAUAUGUUACUCCUACUUUAACAAAAUUGAUAGUACAAGUUGCUAAAGUGAGACCAAAGAAUCCUGUUGAUUUUUUGGCAUAUAUGGCUCUUAAAGAGAACCCCGAAGGUAUACCAAAUUUUCCAGGCUAUUCUAAGGAGGGUGUAAAAAUACAAAAAAUAUUGGAACGCAUGUUUUUUAUCUAUAAUUACGACGAACAUGAUAUAUUUAAAUUAAAACCAUUAAUGGACGUUUUAACAGCGCAUUUUACAGAUGACGAAGAUACCCAAAAUAAUGAAGAAUUAUAACUCUAUACUUCUAUAGUUUAACACUUAAAAAAAACAUGAAUGAUUUUACAUAGUUAAAAUAUUGUAUGUUAUUAAUUAUUGUUAAUUUUUAUGUUCUCAAUUAUUUAUACCCACUAAUAAGUACCAAGUACCUACCUGGCUACAUAUAAAUAUACUUUUAA